AUGGCGCCUUCCAGUACAAGUAAGGGACGUGGUACUGCUGCAAAAAAGAACACCAGUCGUAAUAGCAAAAGCCCAAAUCGCCGAAAACAUGCGAGCACAAGCGACACCAACAACGCAGUGAAUUCAACUGAGCAAUCAAGAAAGCGGCAGUUACCUAAAAAGAGUGCAGUUUCGAAGGAAGAACAAAGUCGCCCUGGCGGAGCGGAUGCCAGCAAAACCAAACAACCGCCGACAACUCGUACAAGACCAAACAUGAGACGAAAUAUUGUUAGAGAAUUUGUCUUAUUGAAUCCGAUGAAAAAAGCCUUGGUUUACUUAGCAAUUGUGCUUGUUGGGAGCACUAUCUACGAGGUAACCACUCCACCGAAAACGUUAUUUGCUGACAAGAACAACUAUUUAAAUCAAUAUUUCGUCAAAUGGUCGUGGGGGUGGACGCUCUCCGCGUUGUCUCUGUACAUAAUACCAUCCAGUUUCGUUGUCCGCAAAGGCGACAUAAAGCGUAUAGCCAAGGAUUACUUCCGAUUAUUAGUAGGGACUGCUCAAUGGUUCUGCUGGGUAAAGCUCUUUUUCUGGAUUGAAGACCUGACUGGCGAGUGUUAUGACAUCAACGGAGAGAAAUACACUCGGCACACGACCAAAUACCCCUGCGUCAAAGCGGGUCAUAUGUGGGAUGGUAUUGAUAUAUCUGGACACACUUUUCUUCUUACACAUUGUUCGCUGAUUAUAUUUGAGGAGCUACAUUACUAUCUUAAGCUGUUCGAAGCCACACGGAAACUGGGCAAGAGCAAGGGCAAAAAAAAGGGACAACCGAAAAAAGACUUGCUAACAUCUGCCUUGAAUGGCUUUUCUCAAUGCAUGAUGUUAGUUCUUUUACUGAUGACCUUACUCUGGGAGUUCAUGUUGAUAUGUACACAGAUUUAUUUCCAUACAAUUGGUCAUAAAAUCUUUGCAUUUGUGAUAUCGCUCAUCAACUGGCUUGUCACAUAUAGAGUAGUUUACAAGAAGCUCUACCCAGACAUGCACAGUUAGAUUGCAUCGCACAUCUAGACGCUGGUCAUCUUAAUCCCACAAUUCUGGAUACCCCACAUUAAUAGUAAUCAAAUUUGUCUUAAUUAUGGUUAGGUAAUCAAACCUGUCGAGACCGAAUGUUGUGUACUUCAGCUUUUCAAUGGCAAAGCUUUUUUACCAUAUACAUGUAAUACAAUAAGAACACUUUAUUUCAGUUGAAUCACUAUCUAGCUGAAUGUAUUGCACUGUAAAAAAAAAAAACAAUUCAUAUACCACUAUACUUUUAAUGGCUUGCAACUUAGUGGAGUUCUGUUUAACACAUCUUGGCCAAGUAAUUUUGGUUUGACCGAGAAAAAAAAAACAAUGUAUAAAUCAUUCUGCUCAUUUGAUGUCUGUCUGUCUUUUUGACAGGCAUUCAAACAAAUGUCAACAAACCUUCCUCUUGAUCGAAAAUUUCUUCUCAUUUACAAAAUAGCAAUAAAUAAUCUGGAAAAAUUAGA